AUGAAGAUACACAUCUUAUUCUUCCUUCUUGCUACUCUAUUCUCGCCGAUUUUUGGUGAUGAAUUCCCCGGUGGAUUCCCUUUUUUAGGUGAUUCAAACCCCUUUAGAGCUGGUGGCGCUGGUGGUCAGCCACCGAAUCAGCCACCGAAUCAGCCAAUUAAUCAGCCACCGAAUCAGCCACUGAAUCAAACAACUUGUUCAACCACUCGUGCAGGUGAAUUGAUGAAUAUCGCUUUAGAAUUGGUAGAAAAAGAGAAUAAAAGUCCCUCUGAAUCAUGUGUAAUAAAGAAAAAGGGAAAAGGAAUCUUUGCGGUCCCUGCUGUUUCUAGAGCAUACCGUUCUGUUGCUGCAGGCAUGUAUAAUGUUUGGGCCAAGUUUCAUCCAACUGCCGUUACUACCUUUUAUGACAACGAUCCCUUCCCCAGACUAAAUGGCUCAGAUAAUCGAAAGCAAGAGAUAAUCACCUACGCUGCUUUCUAUGUUCUUGAGUACCUCCUACCUGAACGUGUGCAACUCAACAAGACGAUGGAAUGGUUAAACUCCAAAUACCAAGUAAACUUUAAUUCGACUGACGCAAAACUUGCCAAGAAUAUUACCGAAAGACUGAUUGAACAAUUGAAAGUGGAUGGUUUUAACCAACAAGGAUGCUAUGUUGACACUACGGGAUAUAUACCAGCUAAUCCACCAACAGAUUUGACAAAUAAAGUCACAAUUCAUUUUUCCCGCUUGCAUCAACUCAAAAAGUAUAAUUGGUCACAGGAAAUUCGUAGGGGAGAUGUUGAUACUCCACGUCCAUUUCAGAACCCACAGGCAUCUAAAGGCAAACCUUUCAUCUCAGAACAAAAGCUCAAAUCACUGUUAGCUCCAGCACCAAACCUUAAAGGAUUCGACGCGCAGUACCAAGAGGUUGCAGAGGUUAUAAUUAAUGACACAAAGAAGAUCAUUGUUGAGUACUGGGCCGAUGGACCAAAUGGCUAUUUAGAACCAGGAACCUGGCAAACGAUCGCACUAGAAGUAGUUGCUCGAAAGUGUUACAAUUUGGAUGAGGUUGUGACGCUAUUGUUUGCAACUACAAACGCAGUUUACGAUGCAGCCAUUGUUGCUUGGACGGCCAAACGCACGUAUGCUACAGCACGACCAUCCACUUUUAUUCCAGUGUACCUUCCUAAUCUCACUCUUCCUAAUGCAUUCCGAGGUCACCAUUGUCCCAGUGGUAAGAUUAGAGGUGAACAGUGGCAGCCGUAUCAAGCCAAGAAUUUUAUCACUCCACCUUUCCCAGGUUAUGUUUCUGGGCACUCUACCUUUAGCCGCGCUGUUGCAGAAGUUCUGGGUCAAUUCACUGGAUCAGACAGCAUUCCAGGAGGACCUUUGACAUUUAUUGCUCCAAAAGGUAAAUCAAUUUAUGAACCGUUCUGCGGUUGGAAUAUGACAGAUGCAUCCGGAAACUCUUGCGAAUUUAUGGUAUGCAAAGUUAAGCCGCGUUUCAACUCAGAAACCACAUUCACUCCAAGAGAGGAUGUAACUCUUUCGUGGACCAGUUUCAUACAAAUGGCAAAUGAGUCUGGCAUUUCACGACUUUAUGGUGGAGUCCAUAUUAAUGAUGAUACUAUUGAGGGAGCCGAAGCAGGCAGGAAGCUAGGGCUCGAAGUUUGGGAAACCGUGCAAAAGUACCUUAAAGGUCAACCGCAAAAGAUUUAA